AACACUUCCUCUCUCACACACACACCAAAAUCACAUCACGAAAAAUCCCAGUCGGAAUGCAGUCCACCCCUAUAAACCCGGAGAUGAUCCACGUUGUCUGCAAGGCCGACAACCGCCAACACGCUGUGGUGAAUAUUCCUUCAUCAAUAGACCAAAAGCUGCCUUCCUCGUCGCUCCGUGCGCGGCCGAUCUUUCUAGGAUUAACUUCCAACAACCUCAGUUACGCCCGUGGAGGGGAUCUACUGCAUUGGUGGAAAACGUAUCCGGUACCACCUACCGCGCCGUCCCUGUACAACGACCAGUCUUCCUGGGGCAUCGUCCCGGCAUGGGGAUACGCCACUGUCACCGAGAGCAACGUUUCUGGAAUCCCGCCAGAUUCCCUCAUCUGGGGAUACUGGCCUACCUCAACGUCGCCUUCUCUCCUCCGCUUGGAACCUAGCGAGCCUGCAGGUUACUGGGCGGAGGUUAGCAGCCACCGGCAACAGCUGAUGCCCAUAUACAAUCGCUACGAACAGGUACCCUCUGACGAAGAAACGGAGUUGGAUGAGAGGGGGUGGAGUGUCCUCUUCCGAGGGGUCUGGGUCGCGGGAUACCUGCUGAGUGAGUAUGUGUUUCCUCCUGACCCGCGAGCACGAGAACCAGUCCACCCGCUUGGCGCGGCGAGCAGACUGCCCUGGUCCUCGGACGAUGCGGAUCUCUCGUCAGCAGUUGUGGUAAUUUUGGCUGCGUCGACCAAGACUGCGCGCUCGUUUUCGUGGUGUCUCUUCGAUCGGGCCAGGGCAACUGGGCCUCCGGGAUUGGUACAGAUUACUUCAUCGCCUGGUGUUUUGCAGAAGGCAUUUGCAUAUACGCAAAUCGACGAAGCAACCGGGUGGAUUGAGGGUCUGCAGCCGUCAAAGGUGGUGAUUAUAGAUUGCGGGGCCCGAGAGAAUGCCCUCAGUCUGAUGUGCCAGAAUCUUCAGGAGUCAGCGCUCCGGUCAUGUAAAACUGUGAUUCUGCAGGUGGGCAGUCAGCAGAAGGUGUACACGACGGAGGAAGUCCAGGCAGCUGGUGCAGCUAUGCAGUCAAUGGGAAAGAUCCAGUACAACACCUCUGGCAUCCAGGACGCAAUCAUCGACCGGGAUGGUGCUGAAGCAUAUUUCGGAAACGUCUCGCGCAGGUGGAAGGAAUGGUUAGCAGACCGUGCCUCCGCUAUCCCUGACAUGCAGUUAGUCUGGGGAGAAGGCAUUGAUGGCGAUAAUGGAAUCUACGGGGGAUGGGAACGACUUUCAAAUGGGGAAGUGCGCCCUGAAGAGGGAUUGGUUUAUGCUCUGUAGAGAGAUCUUGUCGAGGCAUGUCCAGGGAGCCGAUAGUGCUUCUAUCUAAGUGUCCGUAGAAUUGCUCAAGCCAAAAGACUCCAG